ACAGCCACUCCAGGAGUCGAACCCGGGCAGCUCAGGGACACACGACCAGAGACGGCGAGUCAUGAGGACCCUACAAUAAACCAAAGUAUCUCCCUUCUUCUCUUGGAACAGGUGCUGACCAGCGAUUGCGGAUCUAAUGGGGCCAAAGGUUGAGGCUCAGUGGUCGCCCUAGCCCGUGCACAUGCCCGACGCGUGUGUGUGUGCGUGUGUGUGUGUGUGUGUUUGGAGGUAAACGAAUCAACCGUCUGCUGCAAUGGAGGGAGAGGAGAGGAAGUGUAGGAGCGAGCGCGAGCCGUUUGGAGGGGCCCGGCUGUCCGCCUUGCAGGAGCAGCUGAUCUGGGCCCUGCUGGGCUCCGGGCUGUCCCGGGAAGUCCUGGUCCAGGCCCUGGGCGAGCUGGAGCGGGACCGGCAGACCCCGGACGGGACGGCGAGGGACAAGGGCGAGAAGGGGGAUGGAGAGAGCUCGGAGGGAGAGAUAGAUUUUGCGCCGCCGAUCUUCCGGGAGCUGGAGCAGCUUCCCCCAGAAGAGGCGGCCAGGCAGAGGGCUCUGGUGGAGCAGCUGCUACAGAACGACCCGUGGCGGGUAGCUAAGGUGGUGAAGAGCUACAUGCAGCAGCACAACCUCCCGCAGAGGGAGGUGGUGGAGUCCACAGGCCUCAACCAGUCCCAUCUGUCCCAGCACCUCAACAAAGGCACGCCAAUGAAGAACCAGAAACGAGCUGCCCUGUACAGCUGGUACGUCAAGAAGCAGUGUGAGAUUAGCCAGCAGUUCACCAAUGCCCGCCAUGGCCUUGCGUCCCUGGACGAGCAGGGAGAGGAGACCAAGAAAGGCCGCAGAAACCGGUUCAAGUGGGGGCCUGCCUCCCAACAGAUCCUGUUCCACGCCUACGAGCGGCAGAAGAACCCAAGCAAGGAGGAGAGAGAGGGUUUAGUGGAGGAGUGCAACCGGGCGGAGUGUAUCCAGAGGGGUGUCUCUCCGUCUCAGCUGGCCGGUCUGGGCUCCAACCUGGUCACAGAGGUGCGCGUCUACAACUGGUUUGCAAACCGCCGCAAAGAAGAGGCCUUCCGCCAUAAACUGGCCCUCGAUACCCCGUACUCCAGCCAAUCAGUGGGCGGCGUGAACCCCCUCCCACCGCCCAGUCCUAACCAGGGUGUCUUUUCUGGUAUAUUCUCAGUUAUUACUCCAGGAAUGAAGUACAGUCAACAAAGCCAAUGUGACAACAUGGGUUCGGUCCGGGGCGGCGGGGGCGGCGGCGGCGGUGGUGGGGACCGGGGUCUGCGCUUGGGAUCCAGCCCCGUCCAACUUGAGCCCAGCCACACACUCCUGGACAUGCAUCAUUCUAAAAUAGUAUCUAGCAGUGGCCCCCUGCCUCCGGUGAGCACACUGACAUCGCUGCACAACCUGUCGGCCUCGCCUGCGCCGUCCCAGGGUCUGAUAAUGGCCUCCCUGCCCAGUGUCAUGAGCCUGGGGGAGUCCUCUCUCCUCAUAGGGCUCACCUCUACUCAGUCGCAGAACUUACCUGUCAUCAACAACAUGGGAGGGAGUUUCACCACCCUGCAGCCCAUCUCCUUCCAGCAGCAGCUCCACACCUCUCCCCAGCACUCGCUCCCCAGCCACAUGGGGACCAGUCCCUUCAUGGCCACCAUGGCCCAACUGCCCUGCCACAUGUACAGCAAGUCUGACAUGCCACAUUACUCAUCAUCCAGCCUUCUCUCACAAGCAAUGCUGAUCACAGACAGCAGCUUCGGGGCUUUGACCAGCCUUGCGGCUGUCCGACAGCUUUUAACAGCAGAUCCUGACGACCAAUCAGAGCCCCCCAUGGCAGAAGAGACUCUGCAUCUGCAGGCAAACACGCCCACACAAGAUACAGAGGACCUAGAGCUCUACCCAGCCUCUCAGAGCACAGAAAGCCACGCAUCUCAUCUCCUCUCACCUUCACCGACCAAUAUCAGCCCCUACAUUCCCACGCAGAUGGCCUCCUCCCCUCAGUAGAGCCUCCUGCAUGGCAGGAUUAACCUGGCAUCGCUCAGCCCCCCUUUGAAUUCACAACGAUCUGAAUGAAGCCACAACCACAGUAGAUGGAUUUUUCACUGGUCCACCCUCGUCCAAGCUUAACACGUUGUAUUACGACACAAAUGAACAAAGAAAAAAGUGGGUUGAUUUUUUUUAUAACAAGACAAAAUAAAUAAAUGAAAAUGCAAUUUUUUAUUACAAAUAAAUGUAUAUGGUAUGCUUAAUUGA